GCUGCGGCGGGACGAGAGUUGGAACCAUGGCUAUUGACUGGAUUGGUUUUGCAUAUGCUGCAUUGCUGGCUGUUGGAGGUGUUGUAGGAUACGCACGUAAAGGUAGUAAAAUCUCUUUAGCUGCUGGUCUCACCUUUGGUUCUGUGGCUGGUUAUGGAGCUUACUGCGUAACACGUGAUCCGAGAAAUGUGAAGAUAUCAUUGUUUUCAGCUUUUCUUUUGACCAUUAUAAUGGGAAUGAGGUUCAAGAGGUCCAAGAAAUUAAUGCCAGCCGGACUAGUAGCAUGCUUGAGCCUUUUGAUGAUUUUGAGGCUUGUUUUUAUGCUGCUGUAGGAGAAUUUAGCAACUUAAGAACUGAAGUAUGACUGCCAGGCCCACCGAACAAACAGGCAAGCUCUCCAUACUUGAAAGACAAGUUUGAACACAAGUCUUACAUUGCAUUUAUCUUUUCUGUAAAAGAUCUGUACCUGUUAUUUGAUUAUUGACAUCUGCUGAUAUUUUGCGAACUUUUUUUUUUAAACUAAAACAAAUGUUUUCUCGAUCAUGUAUUUUGAUCUACUUCCGUUUAAGCAGACUGUUAACUCCAGACAUCUUUCUCUCUAAGUUUGAUCUUUCAGGGGUGCUGAGCACCCCAAGAAAUUGAGUUAGUCUGGCACUGUAUCUCUGAGAGAAUAUAUAAAAAUACAUGUUUAUGCUAAAAAGGUGUAUUGUAUUGAACCAUAAUUUUGUAGCCUCUGAGAUUAAGUAAUCAAUUCUAAUCAUAUUGUCAAUUGCUAAUCAAUAAAGGCUCAGGUCUGUA